GCGCUACUUCAAGAUAGCUCUUCUUUUGCAUGGCUCUUUGCUUGUUAGCAACUCUGCUAACUCGAGCACCAGCAGCUAGCGAGAGUCUUAUAUCUCUGUAAUGCGCUGCUAAACAUUAAAUGUGCAUUUUACACAUCGUUUCUGCUGUUCUGUGCUCCAUUUGUAAAUGCGGGGCCGAUGUACCAGCAGCACAGCGCGACAGUCUGACCCUAUCAGACUAGCUUAGCUCUUAGCUUUGCUAAUAGCUAAUGUAACAUUAGUAGCUAUAAACCAGCCUGAAAACAACAAAAAGCUACCGGCUGCAUUACGGCAGUAAACAUUAAGUAAAUCUGUUCACCUUUAAACAGAAAUAUGGACCGCCUCACAUCCUUUGGAAAUGACCCUUUUGACAAGCCUCCUUGUCGGGGAUGUUCAUCAUAUUUGGUGGAACCAUACAUAAAGUGUGCUGAAUGUGGACCAUCACCUUUUCUCCUCUGUCUUCAGUGUUUUACAAGGGGCUAUGAGUAUAAAAAACACCAGAGUGACCACAAAUAUGAGAUCAUGACAUCAGAUUUUCCCAUACUUGAGCCUGGCUGGACAGCUCAAGAGGAGAUGGCCCUCCUGGAGGCUGUCAUGGACUGUGGUUUUGGAAAUUGGCAGGAUGUGGCUUAUCAAAUGCGCACCAAGACCAAGGAGGAGUGUGAAAGCCACUACAUGAAGAACUUCAUCAACAACCCUCUCUUCUCUUCCACUCUGCUCAGUCUCAGGCAGAUGGAGGAGGCUCGGACAGCAGACAGUGCUAUCCCAUUCAAACCCACUGAUGAUCCUCCUAGACCCUCUUUUGACUCUCAGCUGUCCAGAGAUAUGGCUGGGUACAUGCCUGCUCGAGCAGACUUCAUGGAGGAAUUUGAUAACUAUGCGGAAUGGGAUUUGAAAGAUAUUGAUUUUGUAGACGACGACUCUGAUAUUCUUCACGCUCUUAAAGUUGCGGUUGUGGACAUAUACCAUUCAAGACUGAAAGAGAGACAGCGAAGGAAAAAGAUCAUUCGGGACCAUGGACUCAUAAACCUGCGCAAGUUUCAGAUACUGGAGCGACGUUACCCGAAGGAGGUGCAGGACUUGUAUGAUGCCAUGAGGCGAUUUGCCAGGGUGGUAGGACCGGUCGAGCAUGACAAGUUCAUUGAGAGCCAUGCUCUGGAGUUUGAGUUGCGGAGGGAGAUUCGACGGCUACAGGAAUACAGAAGGGAAGGCAUCCAGUCUUUCUGUGGUGCUAAGGUGUAUGAGCGGGUGAAGCGGGUGAGGGAGGACGAGCGCAGUAAAAGGAACAUGCUGUGUGAAGUGCUGCAGUACAUCCAUGACGACCGCGCCUGCCAGCAGUGGCUCCACAAACAGGCUGCCAUUGAUGCUGGCAUUACCCCCGUGGUCACCACCAUCACUACCUCAGGCAGAAGAAGCGCACCCCCUUUGAACUUAACAGGGUUGCCAGGUACAGAAAAACUCAACGAGAGAGAAAAAGAGUUGUGUCAGGUGGUGCGGCUGGUGCCCGGGGCGUACCUGGAGUAUAAGCAGGCCCUGCUGAAUGAGUGCAGGCGGCAGGGCGGCCUUCGGCUGGCGCAGGCCCGCUCGCUCAUCAAAAUCGACGUGAACAAAACUCGUAAAAUCUAUGACUUCCUCAUCAAAGAGGGCUACAUUAACAAAGCCUAGCUCCAGGAGAGCGACCGGACUUUGCACUUCUGGCAGGCAGAGAAGUGUCGACACAUUCCGCAUCCUCAGUGUUGGGCAUCAGCAUUGAGAACUGACAUUACUAACACUGAGUAUCUGUAUUAAUGUUGCUCUAUAGUGUUUCUUUGCAAUGAGUGCCGCAUGUCUUUUGUACACAAAAAUGCAGAUGAAAUUUUGUAAAGUUCUGUCAAUUCAGAGCAGUGGAAUAUUUAAUCACCUGUAAUCACAAAUGUAUAAACUAGCUUUUGUCCCGGUGAACUUUUAUUUGUAGACUUUUUCCAUUUUUCAACCUGAAGCCUGUUUUGUUGACCAAAAUCUCAGAAGUUGGCAAUAUACAUAAUUAUGUUUUAUAUUUGUUUGUUGUAAUUUGUUGUGCACCCUUUUGACCACAAUUAGAAUACAAAUCUGUUCCCAAAACAUUUAGAUGGUUUUCAUUCAGUAAUGGGAGAAAUGAGCCCAUCUAAUGUAAGGCUAGUAGACCAUCACACUUAUUACACACACAUUUACUCACUACCUCUCUUAAGCCCUUUUAGAGCGGGAUUAGUUUUGCCAGAGGACGUCUGGUAAUGUAAUUUGUACGUGAUUUGACGGGCCAAUUCGUACAGGAUAAAGGAUCUCUGUAAUUUCCUCAAAUUACCCCAAACAGCCCAGAUCGAAACAUUACCGUGCGGUUGUUUAACUCAGCAUUAUGCGGCAGCCGCCGCACUUCCAAACAAAAACAACACACUGUGAGGCUAAAUGUUAAAUAGUUCAUCCAAAAAAAAACAGUGGAUGAGAGAGGAGACUUCUACAUCUCAUUUCAGUGUGGGGUGACGAUCGUAAUCGACAGCAAUUCCAAAUGAUGGUGCAUAGUCAUAGCGAGUGGAGGGAAUAUACAAUGAAUUGUUGUGGAUUUCAGUAGUCUUGUCAUGAACUUGAAGGUUAAGGAAUUAAGUCAAAUCAUGCUUUAUUUUAGUUGUUUGUCUUCAGGUUGUUUUCUAUGACCUGGUUUUGUUAUUACGUUACAGUAAUGUUGAUUCAAAUAGGACUACUAUAACUGAGGGAGCUCUGAGUUCAGCAAAUUAGAGAAGGUAUUCACUUGAAAAUUAUUACAUAGCAAACUUGUAAAAACUAUGGACAUGGCAUAUUCAUACUGGAUAAAAAUCACGGAUCUCAUCUAUAAUCAUUCAAAUUACAGGACCUCACCAAGUAAAACUCAUCCAGCUCAAAUAAAGCUUUACAAACACUUUCA